UUUCCGCGUACGGAUCAUUGUCAAAUACCAUAUACCCUCGUGUUAUUAUUAUUUUAUUUUAUUAUUUCAUUUUUUUUUAUUUAAAAGUUUAUAAAUAUCGUGAAAAUGUAUUUAUCUGAAAAAUAAUUUUUUUUUUUUGCUUUUACUUUCUUUGCUGCUAAGUAUAAAAAACGGGUUUAUCAUACUAAGCUGAUAAGGAGUUUUUUUAAAUUGGAUAAGAUUUGUAAAAAUUACCCAUUGUGGAGGGUGACGUAAGGCAUACGAGGCAUCGGCAUGUUACAAUCACACCGAUUAGGGUUCAGCUGUCCGGAAAUGGAAACGUGACAAAGAUUGAAUUGGAGCUAGAAGAAGCUCCGGAUGGAAAGGAGGACAGGCAGCCCGCCAUCCUCGUUGGCUCAAUGUCGUCGGAAUUGGAUUCUACAGCCGAAAUAAAUUCCACUUAUCCAGGACGUUAUCCACGACCUGGUGGAGCUGUAGUAGUACGAGCAGAAGAAGCACUCAUUGUAGUCUUUGUUCUGUUACUUUGGAUAGGUGCCAUCGCUUUAUUCUUUAACCGUUGGGGAAAAAUACGGAUGUUAGAACCUUACCAGCCAAAAUUUCAACAACAUCGUAAUAGUUGUAGCUCCGUUGAUCCAGUACCUUUGCGUUCGUGUUCAAAAUUUAAUAUUCACUGUGUGGAUCAUUCGCAAUGUCAAGCAGUAAUUCGUCCAAGACAAAACAGCGUAUUUGUGGAUUCAAGUGCUUCAAUGUUAGGUGAAAAUGGUAAUUUUUCUCGACGUACUCGAAGUGCUUUUAAUCUUCAGUCAUUGGUACAAACAGAAAUAAGUGGAGGUGAAGAACAAGGUCAAAUUGAAGAAAUUAUUGAAGCAGAGGAAGAGAUUAUUCCAGUGAUGAAUCUAAAGUCUUUCAACGAGCAUCCAAAACCCUUAAGAUCAUUUCAACGUGAAAGAGGAAUGAGUAUUUGUCAGUUUGAUAGAACAGAUGUACUUGUUAGGCCAUUGCAACGUGAAAGAGGAAUGAGUAUUUGCCAGUUUGAUCGGAUGGAUGUUCUUGCUAGGCCUUUACUUAGAGACAAAGGCAUGAGCAUUUGUCAUUUUGACAGAAUGGACGUUCUUGCACGUCCACUUUAUCGCGGUAGCCGUCCUAAUAUUUUAACUAAUGCUGAAAAACUUGAAACCUUAGGAAAGUCAUCACAGUGUUAUCGUGAUAGUAGAGCGAGUAUUGGGAAUGCUGAAAGCUUUACAAAGGUUCUUCAUCAACGAUCAAAAGAUUUUAGACCACCAAAUCUUGUUAGUACUGAUAGGGCGGAAUCACUUGGCCGAAAUACUUCGACGACACUGCGAGAAAAAACAGCCGCCACUACCACCACAAUCACCAUGGCCACCACCACUACUACAAAUACUUUUACUGGGUCUACUACUAUAUCACCGAACGAUCGACCCUCGUGCAGUAAAACACCCGACAUAAUUCUUGGAUAUAAAGCGACUUGUGUGUAAUUUGUCAGGUGAUUUUUCUUGCGUAUCACUACAGUCUAGUCUCUUCCUCUGUUGUAAUUUUUUUAUGCAGCACGGAUGCAUUUAACGACUGAGUAUUGGCCAAAAUUUUUUUAUUACGAGUAAAUAAAAAAAACUUUAUUGUUUGUAUGUUUAUUUGUUUUCUUCUUAUUUUGAUAUUUUCAUUUACGUUAAAUAUAUAUUCAUUUACUUUUUAUUUAUAUGUGUGUACUGCUUGGUAUAAUUUAUUAUUAUUAUUAAUUAUUUGUGCUUAGAGAUACUAAGAGUUAUUGGUUGUGUUAAUUAAGUUAUAAAUAAUGAAAUGAGAACAGGGAGAAAGUAAAAUAAAAAGAAAAAAAAGUAAAUUAAUGAAAUUGAUGAUUUAUGAAAUUUUAGUGUUAUUAAUAUAUGUUAUGAAAAUUGAAAUAUUAUUGGUAAAAAAAGUAUGGUGAGUGAUGAUGAGAUUUGAAAAAUUUCAAUUUAAAAAAUAAAUACUUAUUAUAUAUAAAAUAAAUAGUAUAGGGAAGACCGGGGCAAGACGGCCCACCUGGGGCAAGAAGGCCCACCUCAAAAAUUAACCAAAUUUUUUUUUUUCUUGUUUUCUUUUGAUUAUCACAAAUUUAUAUUAUUUACUCAUUUUUAGCCCGAUACGUGAAACUUGGGGCAAAAUGAACCACUCAAAAAUUCUAAAAGAAAAUGUAUUUUAUAGUAUUAUAACCUAGUCAUGAUUAAUUUAAUAGAAAUAUCAUUUUUUGGUUAAUUAUAUGGAUUUGGAUUAAAAUAGAGCAUUUGAAAAAGUUAAAAAAACCAAUAAUCAAUUUUAAUUAAAUAAUUUCAAUAACUUCUUAAUUUAAUAAUCAAUUUAAAUUAAAAUUCAGUUGUACAGUAUUUGGUAAUAUGCUUGGAAAAAAAUUAAAACACUCAAUUUUUUUCUACAGAAGUGAAAAAAUGACUCGUAUUAUAUCAAAAAAGGUUAUUUCGAGUAAUAUUAAAGUAAAUACAGUUGUUAAAGAGAAAAAUAUAAACAUUUGUUACGCGGGAAAUUUUUUUACAAUUAAAAAAAAUUAAUUUUUUUUUUCAUUUUUUUUCGGAGGGGGCCGUCCUGCCCCCAAAAAAAAAUUUUUUUUCAGGAGCUUCACCAAAAUUUUGGUGAAUUGAGUUCAAGUUGGACAAGAGUAAAUCGACUUGAUGGUUAAAAGCCACAAAUAAUAAUAACCGGCUUAGGUGGGUCGUCUUGCCCCGGUCUCCCCUAUACUAAAAUAAGUUUUAAUUAUUUUUUAAGAUUAAAAUUUUUAAUCUUAAUUUUUUAUGGUACAUAAUGUAAUAAUUUUUGUAGUAAUAACAUUAAAUUUUUUUAAAGAAAAGUUUAUAACAUAAUUGUAUAAUGAUAAAUAUAUCAAAAAUUAUUUCAGCUCUCACUAAAAAUUCACACUAUUUAAUUUAUCAUACUUAUUAUGAAUAUUCUUAGUCCGUUUCUUCAUAUUGAUUUGAUCGAAAUACUUGUGUCUAUAUAAUUUAAAAAAAAAAUAAUAAUAAAUAAAUAACUCAGAAUAUAUUUUUGUACGAUAUUUGAAAAAUACUUCUGCGACCGGUUAUGAUUAAUAAUAUAAAAAAGCAAAUGAAAAACGAUAAUAAAAAAGUCGUUUUAAUUUUAUGGGGAAAUAUUAAACGUUGAAAUAACACGUUUUUUUAUAAACCACAUUAAAGUACGAGUAAAAGUGAUUACAGUAUUCUAAAUGAUUGUAAGGCGAUAUAUUUAGCUUUUUGAAAAUAAAUUCGUUUAAAUUUAAUCAGCAAUUUAUUUAAAAGUAUGAAAAUAAAUCCGGAUAUAAAAAGUAAUUUUUUUUUUCUAUAAAAAGUUUAUAAAAGUCUAGUUUAUUAAUUUUAGUAAAUUUUAAUUACAUUUCUUACAUACUUAAAAAUGGUGCCGCGCUAAAAAAUCUAUGGACAAAAUAUCUACGACAAAAUAUCCGCGUGAAAGUAUUGACGGACAAAAUAUCUACGUUCCAAAAUAUCUACGGGACACAAUAUCCGUGGAUAAAACAUCCACUGACAAAAUAUCUGUAGUCAAAAUAUCUGUGGACAAAAUAUCCAUAUUUAAUAGAUGAAUUAAAGAAAAAAUAUUCAUAUUUUUAUUUAAUUUCGUCAAUUACUGGAUUGUUUUGAGCGUACUUGAGUAGGUGUGUUAUGAAGUAGCGGUAAAAGGCUACUAAAACCUUUGAUUGAAAUAUAACAUAUAUAUUUUUUAAUAGAUAAGUGAUCCCUACUUUACACACAGAAUAUUAUUUCGGUCGGUAACUUCGUCUGCAGACAUUUCAUAGUGUUUAAAUUUUGUCCACGGAUAUUUUGUCCGAAGAUAUUUUUUCCUUUGGAUAUUUUGUCCACAGAUAUUUUGUUACGGAACCCUUAAAAAUAUAAAUUUUCCCGAGUCAAAAUAUUAAACUUACAUUUAACAUAUGUUAACUUAUAGAACUUUCAUAAGCUUAGUGAACUUACAUCAAACUUAAAUAACUUAAUGGGAUUGAUUAUAACUUGAAUCGACUUAAAUAAAAAUAUUGACUUAAUUAUAAUAAUAAAUUUUUUUUCUGUUCACUCCAAAAUUGAGUGAGUUUUGAUGAUUCUGGAGCAGCUUUCUCGUAGAUAAGUUCCUCGAAAAAUUUUUUUCCUUUCAGCGCGUUCCCCAAUGUCACCUGGAGUAGCUGGUGGUUCUGGUCUGUGAGGAAGUUGCUUUGGAAUCAUCCAAGCUCACUCAAGUUUGGAGUAAACAGAAAAAAAAAAUGUUUCUGUCCCCUCAACAAGUUCCUUAACGACAACUGAUGCAGCAUCACUGCUCGUCUUCAGGAACUAUUAAAUAGAUACAAUAGAUUAUGUAGCCUUUUACUGUGGCUUCUUUUUAGUUUUGUACUGAUCAAUCUCAUUAGUACAUUCAAGUUCACUUUGGGUUAUUUAUAUUCCAGGUAAGUUAUAAUUAAGUCAAUAUUUUUAUUUAAGUCCAUUUAAGUUGUAAUCAAGCCCAUUAAGUUAUUUUAGUUCGAUGUAAGUUCACUAAGCUUAUGUAAGUUCUAUAAGUUAAUGUAAGUUAAAUGUAAGUUCGAUAUUUCGAUUCGAGUGACUGCUCAUCAGUAGUUUAAAUCGUGUACUCGGAUAAAUCUUAUAAACUUUAAUAUUUAAAUCCUUUUUGCAUAUCUUCUUCUUAUUAUUAUUAUUAAAUUGUAAUAUAAUAAUAAUAGACUUGAAUAUUUUAAAAGUAUAUAUUAUAGUACUGUAAUUAUUAUCUAGAUGUAUUUCAACGAAUCUAAUGACUGGAUACUUAAAAUUAAUGUUAGGAAAAUUAUAUAAAUUAAUAUAUAUAUAUAUAUUAACUAUAAGUGUAUGAGUUAUAUAAAUUAUAUAUGUAUAUCGAAUGUAAUAAUAAUAUAUAAAUGAAAAUGAUAAGAUUUUAAUUACGUAUAUCGAUAAUGAAAGUAAUGUCCGAUAUUUUCGAAAGCACUAAAUAUUUUUUUACAUAAAACAGAAAAAUAUAAUUAUUUAUUAAAACUAUGUGUGUAAAUAUCAAAAGAUAUAUAAAAUAAAAAAAAAAGUUACUGAACAGUGUACAGACCCUAUCCAAAUAAUGAUGAAUAAGAUAAUAAUAAUAAUAAUAAUAAAUGAUAAAAUCUUUCGAAAUGUCAUAUAUUACUUUCUAAAUUGAUAAAAAUAUAGAUAUAGUCAAUAAUUGUUUAUUAAAAUAAAAAAAAAUAAUAAUAGUGUAUGCUUCGUUGAUCGAAGUUGGGAUAAAACUUUCAGACCAAGAGAUUAAAAAAAUGUUUAGUAUUUUAAAAUUACAAUUUUAUCUUAAACAUUUAUGGAACGAUCAUUAAAUGAAUUGAUCGAUAUUGGAAUAUGGGACCUUCUGUUAAUAUACUUGAUAUAUAUGGAAUACAUAGUAAUAAAUAAUAUUCGACAUUUCAAAUGUUUAAUUAUUCAUUAUUAUACAUAUAUAUGUAUUGUACUUAUAUUCAAUGGCUAUGUCUACUCAUCAAUAUAAAAAAAAAAUUAUUAGACUGCUAGUAUAACAUAUUUAAUAGGUUAUUACAUGUGACGGUUAAAAAGUAAUAAUGUAAUUGAAAUUCAUUAAUUAAUUAAUAAAAUAAUUUUUUUUCUUCAACUUUAUGACAAUGGUUCAAUUUUGUAAAUAAAUUAUGUAGGACCUCAGUCAUGAUGUGUGAUGAUUAUUCCAAU